CUACUAAAACCCUAGUUCAAUUUCUCCGAUUCCAUCACAUCUCCACCGCCACCAAUCGCCGCCGCAGUGAACUGCAUUCUCUCGUCGGAAUGAUGCGGAUAACACAAAUGAAUAAAUUCAAGCCACUGACCUCAUCAAUCGAAACCCUAAGCCACCGAUUCCUUCAACGAUGUUCCGUCAGUGGAACUGCGAAAGGCAAAGGGAAGGUUAAGCCUGGACAAACCCUAAAACGAUCGAAAAUCACCGUAAAAAAAGGUCAACAAGUACCAGAUCCAUCGGCGACGAAAGGUUCGAGAAAAGGCCAACUCGAACAAAUGAUCGACGAUUGCUUGCAGGCGAAAGCUCCGGUGAGAGUUUUGAAGCCCAAGGAACGUGCGAGAGAAGCUGAAAGGGAGAAAAUGGGAUUGAUAUCUGAAGCUAGAAAACAAGAGAUUGCCUAUUUUAAGAAAACCACCAAGAGUAAGGCUGAAGAUGAAGAUUUAUCAGGGCUAAUCGGACCAAAAGGUUUGGAUCUCAUAACUUUAGGGAUUGUUGAUUCUGAUAAGAUUCCGAAAUACGAUCUGACAGUAGAGGAUGGGAGGAAGUUAGCUAAGGAGUAUAGUAGGGUUUUGAUGAGGAAGCAUAGAGCAAGGCAAGCAGCUGAGACAGGGUUGUUGAAAUGCAAGAAAGAAGCUAUCGAGGCGUUGCCGGAAAGUUUGAGGGAAGCGGCGAUGGUCCCGGAUUUGGCUCCUUUUCCGGUGAACAGGUUCAUGGCGACAUUGACGCCUCCCAUUGAAGGGUAUAUUGAGAAGAUAAAUGAAGCAGCAAAGAGGCAAAGCUCGGUUAAAGGAAAGCUCAGAUGAGGGAAAAGAUGAUUUGUAUAUGGUGGGUACGGCUGAUUUUGGCGGCGGAGUAGACGGUUUGAACCGACUAGAGAUAAAACGGUGUCGAAUUGAGGAAUGUUACCAACUUUAGUUCGGUAUCAACUGAUUUACUGUUAGUUUUGUUAUAAUAUCUUACUCCUUAUUUUGGUUAGGGUUGGAUUGUUAUGUUGCUGAACCAGCCAUUCAUCAAUAAAUGAACUUGUUCAGCUCUUCUCAAGAAAUUGGUUCUUUACGACGGUUUCUCCUGUCGUCGUUUAUGCUUGUAUUUAAGGAUCUUGACAACCAAUAGUACUUGUUAAUUUA